AUGCCUGGUCAAGUAUUAGCAACUUCUUAUAAAGUCAAGUUAAAUGAUGGUAACGAAAUUCCAGCUCUUGGACUAGGUGGUGCUGCCCCUGAAAGUGAUCAUGAACGUUUUAAAGACGCCCUCAAGGCUGCAAUCAGAUCAGGUAUUCGCCACAUUGAUACUGCAUGGUAUUACAAUACUGAGCAUAUAAUUGGUGCUGCUUUAAAAGAAUUGAUUGAUGCUGGUGAAAUCAAAAGAGAAGAUCUUUUCAUUACUACAAAAGUUUGGCCUUCAUUAUGGGAUAAAGCUGAGUAUUCAUUAGAUCAAUCAUUAAAAGAUUUACAAACUGAUUACGUUGAUUUGUUUUUACAACACUGGCCUAUUACUUAUAGAAAAAGUGAAACUGGGAUACCACCUAAUCCAACUGAUUCUAAUGGAGUUUUACAAUUUGAUACAGAAGCUGAUUAUCUUGAUACUUAUAAGCAAUUGAUCAAACUGAGAGAUAAUACAAAGAAAGUCAAAAGUAUUGGUGUUUCAAAUUUCACUGAAAAACAUUUACAACGUGCUAUUGAUGAAACUGGUGUUGUUCCAGCUGUUGAACAAGUUGAAUUACAUCCAAGAUUACCACAAAAAAAGUUAGUUGAAUUUGCAGAAUCAAAAGGAAUCAAAGUUGAAGCUUUUUCUCCAGCAGGUUCAAGUGGUGCACCAUUGAUCAAAGAACCAUUGGUUGUGAAGCUUUCUGAAAAAUAUGAAGUUUCUCCAAAUUCUGUAUUAAAUUCUUAUCAUAUUUUAAGUGGUAGAAUUGUUUUACCAAGAUCUUCCAAUGCUGAAAGAGUCAAGACUUUUAUUGAGCUUGCACCUCUUACUGAAGAUGAAUUAAAGGAACUGGAUCAAUUAGGAAUUGAUAAUCCAAAAAGAUUUAUUAAUGAUGAUUGGGGUGUUCCAUUAGGUUUUGAGCAUUGGAAAACCAAAUUUUCUUGGGAAUCAUGA